AGGUUAGGUUAUGAAAGUCUGUCAUUUUAGAAAGUGAAGGCAGUUUGUCCUGAAAGCACUAUAAUAUAAAAGUGAUUGAAUAAAAAUUAUCAAAGUGAAAUGGAUUACUUAAAUAUAUCGAAUAAUUGCCGAGCGUGUCAAAUCAAGACUCAGGAAGAAUCUCAAAUAUUUAUCUUUGCUACAAACAAUCUCCCUAGCAUCUACCAGGAAACCACAUCCCUGGACAUUCAAGAGAACGAUGGACUACCCAAAGUUCUAUGCUCUACAUGCUACGAUCGCCUCCUGGAAGCUUACAACUUCCGGAAGAUGUGUUCCGCUGCAGUUUUGUACUUUCGAAAGAUCCUGUCAAUGGAUGUUCCUGAGGAGAAAUACACCCCACCAAUGCAUAUAAAGACAGAGACAGAUUUAGAUGCACCUAGUUCUCCUCAAUCAAGAGACCUAAACUGUCCUCUGGACAAAGAAGAUUCUCUCAGUGGUAUUUCCGAUACGCUAUCUAUAGAUGACAAGCUCCCGGAAAUAUUGAAGACAGAUCCUGGUGAUGAUGCAACGUUGACGUCCAGUACGAACCAGGCAAAACAAGAAAAGACCGAAAAAGAUCCGGAGCCUCAGAAUCCGAUAUCACUAAUUCUUCAGGAAAAGCAAGAAGACUGUGGAAUUUGUGGAGCUAAGUUUGCAGCUGAUGAGCUGGAGAGCCACAUGAGCACUCAUAAAAAAGACAAUGUGUGGUGUUGCGAAUUUUGUACCUAUAGAUCCCGUAAAAAGGAUUGUUUGCAACAACAUGUGGAUGGAGCACAUAAUGGAAAGAACGAUUUCUUUUGUCAGCAUUGUGGAAGAUGUUUUGUGAGUGCGAUUGGCCUGAAACAACAUAUACGCCGCAUCAAAGGUAUUAAGAAGUUUAAAUGCAAAAUUUGUGGGAUCAAAAAGAUAUCAUCAACGGAGCUGAAAAAUCAUGAGAAUAUUCAUGCGAGAGGUAGAAUAUUCUAUUGCAAAUUUUGUCCUCAAAAAACAACUUACAAGACACAUAUGAAGCAACACGUGAAGUCAGUUCAUCAGCGAAUCAGGAACUUCCAUUGUCCGCACUGUGAAAAAUCCUUUGGAACCUCAGAUAGCCUUCAGAAUCAUUUGAUGACGCACACUGGACAAAAGCCAUAUGCCUGCAACGAGUGUGGAAAGAGAUUUAUCCUAGUAGAACACCUCAGGAGUCACAUGAAGACUCAUAUUAAGUCCGAUUCUAAAUCGAAGAUCAAACAAACGUCCGAAACACAGUCUGCUGAGAUGUCCGAGACAGAGUCUGCUAAGGAAUCCAAAUCAGAGUCCAAAACCUAAAAUCGAAAGUCAGCCCCGUUAGCCCUUUUCGCCAUGAAAGCACUUUAUGGCAAGGGGGAAACAACUCGCGAGUCUAGAACAUUUACCAACGUGGAUAUUGCGAAUAUCGGCAUUUUUUCGUGAAUAUUGCGAAUAUUUCAUAAAUAUCGUGAAUAUCGCGAAUAAUUCCUGAAUAUUGCGAAUAUCACGAAUAUUUCCUGAAUAUUGCGAAUAUUCCUUAAUAUUGCGAAUAUCGCGAAUAUUCCUGAAUAUUGCGAAUAUCGCAAAUAUUUCAUGACUUUACUAGUGCUUACUUGAAACGGGUUUGGUUAAAAUUUAAACACAAAAUCAAAUACAAACUUAUUACAAGUUAUGUAUUGGUAAUAAUGAAUAUUUUUCAAAAUUCGUGAAUAUCGCGAAUAUUUCAUGAAUAUUGCGAAUAUCGCGAAUAUUCCUGAAUAUUGCGAAUAUCGCGAAUAUUUAGGAAAAUAUUCGAAUAUUUUCUUUUUCCCAUAUAAAAUUGUGAAUAUUUUGUGAAUAUUGAUUCUACGACAUGAAAUUUUGGUCAGUUGUUUGCCCCUUGCUUUAUGGCCACCUAAGAUAAAACAACUAAUUUAAGGCAUUUAUAAAUAAAUAGUACUUCAAAACUCAUAAUAUAUUCUAUUCUAGUAUUCUAAUGGGUUA